AUGCUUCGAAUCCUGAGCCUUGCGUUGUCUGCGGCUGCUGUUGUUACGGCUGGGCCUGGCGACCCCGACUUUUACAACACCGUUGCCGAGAUCUUUUCGGGGCCUGACUGUAGUAACGAAACUUUUGUUUGGGCAGAUCCAAUCUUUGGACGCGGCGGGAGAUGUCAGCCCCUAGAUAGACACGACAACACUCCGGAUAUCCUGAGUUACAAGCCGACCACUAUCUACCCUGACUGUUUUGUCAAUCUUUACACGGACGCCGAAUGUGGCAGCACUCCAUACUCGGCAGAAGUAGACCAGUGUGUCCAAGCAGGCGUUCCAUUCAUCAGCGCUUUUGUGAAGUGUCCGUUCUCAGGAAUCCAGUAA